UCCAGGAAGUAGAUAGGAAUGAGCCAACUAAUUACUAAAUAGAGCCUUAAAUAUUUCCCUGGCAAAGACACAGCAUUUAUUUUGUUUGUUCAUCGAUCGUAAACUAUGGCGCUUGUGAGAGCAGCUCAAGGAACAUCCUCUGAUUCCAACACUCAUUGGGGUUACCGUUACGAUGUUUUCUUGAGUUUCAGAGGUGAAGACACUCGCAGGACUUUUACCGACCACCUCUACACAGCCUUGAACAACGCAGGAUUUCUCACCUUCCGAGAUGACGACGAACUUGAGAGAGGAGAAGAUAUCAAGCCAGGACUACAGAAAGCAAUCCGGCAAUCACGAACGUCUGUUGUCGUGUUUUCGAAGGAUUACGCGUCAUCCAGAUGGUGCCUUGAUGAGCUUGUCAUGAUCCUUGAACGCAAGAGGACUACCUCGGACCAUGUAGUAUUACCAGUCUUCUACGAUGUCGAUCCAUCCCAUGCGAGGAAGCAGACGGGAAGCAUCGGAAAAGCAUUUGCAAGACACGAGAAAACUCAGUCGCCGAAUAAGGUGCGGGGAUGGAGGGAGGCACUUGCAGAGCUUGCUGAUCUAGCAGGGAUGGUCCUAUCAAAUCAAGCUGAUGGGUACGAGUCAAAGUUUAUCACAAAAAUUGUCAAGGUGAUUGGUGACAACCUAAUUCGCACACCCUUGGCUGUUGAAUCCAACUUGAUUGGAAUCCAAUCUCGAGUCAAACACAUCAAUUUAUGGUUACAAGAUGGAUCAACUGAUGUCGGUAUAGUUGUUGUGCAUGGGAUGUCUGGAAUAGGGAAGACAACAAUUGCUAAAUAUGUUUACAAUUCAAAUUUUACAAGUUUUGAAGGGAGCAGCUUUGUUGAAAAUAUCAGAGAAACAGCAAGUCAACCGAACGGGUUAGUUCAAAUUCAAAUGCAACUUCUUUACGAUAUUUUGAAGGGGAAGGAGGAGAAAGUGCACAACGUCAGUGAAGGAAUAAUUAAGAUUGUAAGAGCCAUAAGCUCUAGAAGAGUUCUUCUUGUUCUUGAUGAUGUAGACCAUAAGGAGCAAUUAGAUGCAGUACUACUGAUGAAAGAUCGGUUUUAUCCCGGAAGUAAAAUAAUCAUAACAACAAGGCGUGAAAGGUUGCUAAAGGCACAUCAAGUUACUAAGGUCCACGGAGUUGAAACUUUGGAUUACGAUGAAUCGUUGGAGCUCUUAAGCUGGCAUGCGUUUGGCCAGGACCAUCCCCCUAAAGGUUACAUGGAAUAUUCAAAAAAGCUAGUGCGGCAUACUGGAGGACUUCCAUUAGCUCUUCAAGUUUUGGGUUCUUCUCUGUUAGGUGAAAGUAUGGGUGUGUGGGAAAGUACAUUGGAGAAGCUACAAGUUAUUCCUAAUGGCGAAAUCAUGAACAAACUAAGAAUAAGCUAUGACAGUUUACAAGAUGACCAGGACCAGAAAUUAUUCCUCCACAUUGCUUGUUUCCUAAUAGGAAGGCACAAAAAAUACAUUGUUAGAAUACUAGAUGGAUGUGAUUUCUAUACAACUGUUGGCAUUCAAAAUCUCAUUGAUAGAUGCUUGGUGAAAGUUGAUAAAGACAACAAGGUGAACAUGCACGAUCUGAUUCGUGAUAUGGGAAGAGAAAUAGUUCGCCUAGAAUCAGAAGAGCCUGAGAAACGUAGUAGACUUUGGCGUCGUAAGGAUUCCUUCCAAGUACUGAGGGAAAAGACUGUACGUAGAAACAUGCCUUUUAGAUAUAGAUAUAUAUAUAUAUAUAUAUAUGUUUUUCUCUUCUUGUGAAAAUUAUCCAUAUUAAUGUUGUUCCCUUUUUUUCUUAGGGUACACAAACAAUCCAAGGUCUUGUCCUGGACAUGCAUUGGCAUCCUGCAAACAGUCCAAUAA